CCAUCUGACAUCCUGUUUUCACUGAAUUUUGUCUCUGGUCUUCCCAGUCUCUUCUCCUUUCUUCUGCUUGCAGAGUUUGCUGCAAUAACACCAAGAUAAACAAGAGCCUAUGAGGACUUGCACUUCCCCCCUCCCUCACAAAUGGAAUGCUCCAAGGAAAAAAUCAUCCUGAAUAUUGGGGGAGUCAGAUAUGAGACUUACAGCAGCACCCUCCAGACCUUCCCAGGGACCAAGCUGUGCAGCCUAACAGAUCCUCGUGCCCCGAGCAUCUAUGACUAUGAUCCCACCACCAAAGAGUUCUUCUUCGACAGGAGCGCUGAGAUCUUCAGCUACGUGUUGAACUAUUACAGGACCAAACAUUUCCACUGCCCCAUUGAUACCUGCAGAUCAGUCUUGAAAGAAGAGCUGGCUUUCUGGGAAAUAAGUGAGGCACAGCUAGCACCCUGCUGCUGGCUGAAGCUGAAUAACAAAGUGGUGCAGACAGAGGAGCUUAACAUCUGGGAUGAAAACGAGCAGAAUGACCACCAGUGCCUCAUAGUCCAGACAGAAAGAAGAGAUCUCAGCUGGCGAACCAGGUGGCAGCCAAAGAUUUGGUCUAUGUUUGAGAAACCCUUUUCCUCAAUCAGUGCUAAGUGUUUGGCUUUUGUUUCUCUGCUGUUCAUCGUGGGAAUUGUCAUCAUAUUCUGUGAGGAGACCAAGGCACAGUUUGAGUUCUUUACUGCUAACUUCACCUCUGUUGGCUCUUCUGAGGUCUCCCACAACGACCAUGAACCUUAUUACCACCAGGCUGCCUACUUGCUUCACUUGGAGCUUUUCUGUGUCCUCUGGUUUACUUUUGAGUUCUCUGUGCGGUUUUGCUGUUGCCCAGACAAGAAACUGUUCUUUCAAAAUCCCCUAAACGUGGUUGACUUCCUCUCCCUCUUCCCAGUUUAUAUUGAACUCUUUGUGGCUGGGCAGAUUCAGAGGAUGCCAAGCCUGGGGCUUUGGCUGGGCUUUGUUCGCAUUAUCUAUCUCCUCAAGCUCCUGAAGAUAUCCAAGCUGAUAGAAACACCUCUGAUCCUCAAGGUUCUGUGCUACACCCUCAAGUCUAUCCUCAGAGAGAUCUGCAUCCUGUUGAUGAUUUUGGCCUUUGAAACUCUCUUCUUUGGCUCUCUCUUUUUCUAUGGGGAGUUGCUAGGUAGCCACCCUUCCUACACAGGGGAGCUGCACUUUGCUGACAUUCUUGUUUGCUUCUGGUGGGCUUUGAUCACACUCACUACAGUGGGCUAUGGAGAUAUUAUCCCUCUCACCCCAUUUGGCCAAGUGACAGCAGCCUUAGCUGCAAUAUUUGGCAUGUUAACAGUCAUCAUCCCAAUCCCCAUUUUCCUGGUGAAGUUUAAAAGCUAUUAUGACAUUGCUAUCUUCAAGCAGAAGCUGGAAAGAAACAAGAAACAUUAGCACUUCAGAACCUCUCUUCCCCUUUGCCUUUAGCAAUAAACCUUCAGUGAGGUUUAUUCCCUUUGAUGGGAAGGGAGUGCAGGUAGUUCUCACUGCAUUUUGCUUGCUGCCUUAGCCUAUUUCAAGCCAUUGGUGAGGUGAGAGGCCUCAGGCAGUGCUUGACAUACACAACAGUUCAGACCAGUUGAAGUCCAUGGAUCUUUCCCACAUGCUCUUUUUGCAUGCCACAGGUCUCUCUCUCACCCAGCUGUUCAGAGACAGGAUGUGAUGCUGCAUUUCAACCUCAAUAUGCAGCUCAUAGCUCAGCUCCAUGACUGAGGACCACAGCAUAUUCCCUCAGCUGGCAUGCAACCCAGGAUGCCAGCUAUGCCCUCCAUUGCCUGACAGCCCAUAACCACAUUUUGCAUGCUGGGAAAGAAGAUUUAUUCACAUUCCUGCUCUGACAGAGAGGAGGGAGUGUGGAUACAGGGUUUGAGUGUGGGGUUUGAGUGUGGGCAUGGGGUUUGAGUGUGGAUAAGAUGUUUGAGUGUGGAGGUUUGAAUG